CGUGGCGCGCGGCAAUGGGGACGCAGGGGGCCGGGCGGAAGCGGCUCCCCAACCGGGAGCGGCUGACGGCGGAGGACGAUGCGCUCAACCAGAUCGCCCGGGAGGCUGAAGCAAGGCUCGCAGCAAAGCGAGCAGCACGAGCAGAAGCACGAGAGAUCCGAAUGAAAGAACUUGAGAGGCAGCAGAAGGAGAUCUAUCAGGUCCAAAAGAAAUAUUAUGGUCUGGAUACAAAGUGGGGUGACAUCGAGCAGUGGAUGGAAGACAGUGAGCGUUAUUCUCGUAGAUCCAGAAGAAAUGCCUCGGCUUCAGAUGAAGAUGAGCGCAUGUCAGUGGGUAGCCGUGGAAGCCUGAGGUCUGACUUGGAGUAUGCCAGCGCCUAUCCAGUGGCUGGAUUAGAGAAUGAGAGGACCAAAAAGAAGAACUCCAAAGCAACCAAUGGUUAUGAUGAAGACAUGUAUGGAUCAUCCCAGAGUAGAAAAUCUAGCAGGAGCUCCAACUACAGCGGGGAAAGCAGAAAAUCUACAAAGAAGUCAUCCAGGGAGGAGAAGUCGGGUUCCUACUACUGUGACCUUGGUCUUCGCAACAGUGGCUUUACUUCCAAAUCCCAACCUUCUUCCCAAAAUGGAAAUAGGGCGUCUCUGUAUGAUGAGAGCAUUUACAGUGGGAAUCGUCGAUAUAGUGCCUCUAGUUCUCGUGCUCCGUCGGAGUACAGCUGCUACCUUGGCUCCGGAUCUCGGGCAUCUUCUAGAGCCAGCUCUGCUCGGGCAAGUCCAGUGGUUGAAGAAAGGCCAGAAAAAGACUUUGAGAAGGGAGCUCGUACUGUGUCAAGCUUAUCAGCAGCUACACUAGCCUCUCUGGGUGGAACUUCCUCCCGGAGAGGCAGUGGGGACACCUCCAUCUCCGUUGAUACUGAGGCAUCCAUUAGAGAAAUUAAGGAUAUCAAUGAGUUAAAGAACCAGAUUCAGGAUGUAGAAGGCAAAUACAUGCAGGGAUUGAAAGAAAUGAAGGACUCCCUAGCAGAAGUCGAAGAGAAAUAUAAAAAGGCUAUGGUGUCUAAUGCUCAACUAGACAAUGAGAAAACAAACUUCAUGUACCAAGUCGAUACCUUGAAGGAUGCAUUGUUAGAGUUAGAAGAACAGCUGGCAGAAUCCAGGAGGCAAUAUGAAGAGAAAAGCAAAGAAUUUGAGCGGGAAAAGCAUGCUCAUAGCAUAUUGCAGUUUCAGUUCACGGAAAUCAAGGAGACCCUGAAGCAAAGAGAAGAAAUGCUCGAGGAAAUCCGACAGCUGCAUCAGAAACAGGAGAGCUAUAUCAGGGAAAUUUCUGAUCUUCAGGAGACGAUAGAGUGGAAAGACAAAAAAAUAGGGGCGUUAGAGAGGCAGAAAGAGUUCUUUGAUUCCAUAAGGAGUGAGCGGGAUGACCUCAGAGAUGAGGUGGUUGUGCUGAAGGAACAACUGAAGAAACACGGAAUAAUCCCAAACUUGGAAGUAGCCACCAAUGGAGAGGCUUUAGAUGGUCUCGAUAAUGAAGCACAUUCAGAUUCUACCAAGAUUACUCCAGGAGCGACUCAGAUCCUACAGACAGCUGGGGAUGGGACACUAGACAGACUGAAAAAGCUCAUUGGUGAACGAGAAUCCUUGCUAGAACAGAUUAAAACACUAAAAGGACAACUGGAAGAGAAGCAGAAGAAUGAGAAGAUGGAGAAUCUGCAGUCUGAAGAUGAAGUUCUUGAGAAUGGGACAGAUAUGCACAUGAUUGAUCUCCAAAGAGAUGCCAACAGACAGAUCAGUGACCUCAAAUUUAAACUUGCAAAGUCUGAACAAGAGAUAACAACUUUGGAGCAGAAUGUAAUACGGUUGGAGGGUCAAGUAGCUCGAUACAAAUGUGCUGCUGAAAAUGCUGAAAAAAUAGAAGAUGAACUGAAAGCUGAGAAACGCAAACUCCAAAGAGAGCUUCGCUCAGCAUUGGAUAAAACUGAAGAGCUUGAAGUUAGCAAUGGCCAUCUAGUGAAACGGCUGGAGAAGAUGAAGGCCAAUCGAAGUGCUUUACUAUCUCAGCAAUAAUAGCCGGCUUUCACUGAAAACUACUACUUGAUGGAAUGAGAACAACAUUGGAGAUGCUUGUCUUUUGCUGUUUGGGAUGCUUUAUCAUCAUGCCUUCUGAGAACAAACAAAAAACCCACCCCAAACACAUGCACUCAUUUGCUAUAUGCCACCAAAUUGUGGUUCUCUCUACGCAGAUUCAAUCCUGCUGCACUAUAUACAUCGGAGUAGCUGAUCCAAAUGACUGGGCCUGUAGAUGCCCUUCCACACUGUAUGGUUGGUACAUUUGCAGUACAGUACCUGUAUACCAUUUAACAAGCACACCGGGCAUCGUGUUAGUUCUUCAUCCCGAAAAGCACAGCAGCCGUUUUUUGCCAUUUAAAAUGGUGUUAAAAAUAAAGAUUUAAACUGGGACUUGAAUUUUGUCUUGCUGAAAUUUAGGGGGGAGAAAAGCUGUAAUUUCUGGACUUCUCAUGGCAGUAUCUUCAAUUUAGUGACUACAGUAGUAUAUUCAUAGUAGGCUGUUCAUUAACAAAACACUGUGGAACCACAAGCCAUUACAAAGCAAAACUCCUUCAGUGGAAACCAUGGAAGAUGAUGGUCUUGGAAGCAAAAGUGACCUUAAAUGACUUUGCCAAUAAAACAAAGGUGUUUGGAAGGAAUUUUGCACCAGUUCAAUCAUAAGACUAUUUUAUUUCAGGGUGAAUAGGCAAUAGCUUCACUGAAUUACAGCUUUUUAUGUGUAUUAUUUAAUCCCUAUAUUUGGAAUUGAAGUAAACUACUUCUUUUAAAGGAUGUAAUAAUGUUGCAUAAAUAAACCAGAGUAAGGCCAUGUUUUAAAAAAGGUGGACUGCACUUACGUCAUUUCACUACAGUUGUCAAAGCAAAAGUAGCUGAGAAGUAAAGAAGCACUUUAGAAUACAUUGCUACAUCGAUUUUUCUACAAGUUCUGUAAUUGCAAAACUGUUCCUUGGGAAUUUUACAAAACAAUUUUCCACUUGAAAAAGAAAACAUAACCAAUUAAAAUAUCCCAGGCAGUUUUUACAAUCUAGUGACUCUGUUAGCAUUACAGCUCUGCUUCAUUAGAAAAGAUUUAUAAUAUUGAAUUCAAAGCAGUUAUCUGAGAAAUAAAUCCCAGCAAUUUGUCCCCCCUCCAGAGAAAGCUUGUAGUACAUAAGGAAUGCAGAUGAUUAUUGUACAAAACUCCCAAAAACUCUGUUCCAGAUAUAAGAUUAGAUAUCUCUUCAACAGAAAUAAUUUUCCAUGAAUGCUGACUCUUCUAGACUCCCUUCACUUCUGUUGCUUGCCACGUACUAAGCCAAAUUCAGGGUCAAGAGGCCAAAUUUCUCCUUAACCUCAGCUUUAGAUUUCUGGU